GCAAGUUCGGUCUUUUUGGUCAUUCAUUUAAGACGAAAUUAGUCAUAUUUUCUCUUCCGCGUAAAAGAGAACGGUUGUAUUCAGUGGUGAUCGACAUGUGCUUUGCAUUUAUUUGAAUUUCUGCAUAAAUAUUCGUUUUGAAAAUGAGGCCAACAUCACUUGAUAGAUUUCGGGUGACCAGUCCAAGACCAGCAUAUGAAGCUAAUGCACAUAAUGUUGACGAAAAUUCAGUGGAUUGUGGCAUUCAGGUAUUGAAAUGUUGUGAUACACCACGAUGGCGCCAAAUGGGAACUACAAAAACAUUUUUAACUGUUCUCAUUUUACUGGCAAUCGUUCAAGGAAUUUGCGAAAAAUUCAUUUCAAUUUCUGCCAACCAAGCUGCCUUAGAGCAUGAUUAUAACCCAGAUAUUAUUGAAUGGCUGCUCGUGUCUAACGGCAUAAUUCAAGGUAUUUUCUCCAUAUUUAUUGCUUACUGGGGAAAUCGAAUACAUAAGAUAACAUGGUUAUGUGGAAUGGUGGUAUUCCAAUCAAUUACUUGUUUGUUGAUCAUUUUCCCCACCUUAGCGCACAACGAUAGUACGGCAACAUCGUCAAUGGUUAAUAUACAUUCGGUGGAAUUAAAAUGUACAAAUUCAAUAGAGUUAACAGCUAAUUUAUCUAUUGAACCCGUUCCACAAGCUAUAACAACAUUGAUUGGUUUAUUCUUGCUGCAAAUUGGAAUUUCCUAUGGAUUCAUUGCAUUUUAUACACUUGGUUUAACCUAUUUGGAUGAUAACGCGAUCGAACAUAAUAGUCCUGCACUAAUUGGUGCAGCAUUGGCCGGUCGAUACAUGGGUUUUCUGUAUGGCAAUCUUUUGGCCUCUUUCACGUAUGGAGUAUCAUUGGGAUGGUGGUUGGGUUGGGCAAUAAUUAGCCCGAUUUUAUUAAUAAUCGCCAUAUUCAUAGGACUAUACCCGCGGCGAAUGAUACAAUCAUUGAUUCGACAAGCGGCCGAUGCCAUUGUUGAAACAGCCACCAAUAGUAGUCAAUUAUCUUUAUCACGCACCAAAUUCCUAUCAGACAUUUCAUUUUUUAGCUCUAUUUCCCGAUUGUUUCGCAAUAAAAUACUACUACUAAACAUUUUCGCAACGGUGUUCAUUCAAACAGCUCUAAUCAAUUUUACACUACAACAAGACAAUUAUCUACAAUCACGAUUUUUGAUGCCGGCCGAUGGUUCGAACGUUCUAAACAACGAAUGGACCUCCAGAACUCUAUCGAAAUUAAUACAGCCGAUUGUUGUCGGAUUGGCAAUUUUGAUCGGUGGUUUAAUUAUCGCAAAAGCAACACCGAGCCCAAGAAAAAUUGUUGCGUGGAAUUUGAUAACCGCUCUGAUUGUUUGUUUGCUAUUUGUUGGUUUUAUUUUCAUCGAAUGUUCACACAAUGCAAUUGCCGGUGCCUAUGGCAAAAGACUUGUCUUGCCAUAUUGUUCACGAAGUUGUGUUUGCGAUUCGGAUAUUCGAUUUACACCCGUAUGUCCGGAAAAUAGUGAAAAAACAUUUUUCUCACCGUGUCAUGCUGGAUGCGUCACCGAGCAAGAGGUUAAUGGACAAAGAGUUUUUGGAAAUUGUUCAUGUGGAACCGAUCCAGACGUAAAUUUGAUCAAUGAAGGCGUUACCGUUGCAACAGAGGGUGCUUGUGGCUAUGAAAAUUGCCAGAAAAUGUGGAUCAUCUUUCAAAUUUUAGUUGUUUUUGGUACCGUUUGCAUCGGUUCACGAUUCGUUGGAAAAAUAUUAAUCACAAUUCGAAGUGUUUUAUCACAAGACACCGCGAUAGCUUUGGCAUUGGAACUAACAUUCGUCGGUUUAAUGGCUUAUAUUCCAGGGAAAUUGGCUUACGAGUACAUUGCAGAUAUAACGUGUCAGUAUUGGUCACAAAAUAAUUUACUAUGUUACCUGCAUAAUUCACAAGAUUUUGGAAAUAUUAUCAAUAUUCUAAGUGCCAUUUUAUCAUUGGUUGCUGUCAUUUUUGAGUUUAUACUACUCUUCUUCGUGAAUGAUUUGCAAUUGUAUGGAACCGAAGUUGAGCCACAGUUGACGGGAGUGGAACUACAACCGAUUUCAAGUGAAAGAAAUGAAACCGAUGCUCCUGCUCCUUUAGUUGAAUCACAUGAGCCACUACUUACCCAUCGUGAAAAUGCAGAGGAGCCAGUUUCAAGUCAAAGUCAAUUACCACAUAUUUCUGCGCCCAUUUCCAUCACUUCUACAAGCCAAUCAUCAACCGCAGUAGGGAUGGUUACUCAAGUUAAGCAAAGUCUAUCUAAUCGAUUUGUAAUGUCUGCCCAAUCGAAGGCCUCAACUGUUCGAUACAGUCCUGUUUAUAAAAACACCACCGAAAGUCACAUCGAAGAAUUGAAUUCACGCCUGAAAACACUGAAUGAACGCACAUGCAGUAGUUUUAGUGAUAAUGACGCCUUAGGAGCGCAGGCAACUUUAGUGCCCGAUAUAAAUCCGUCGGUUGGAAGCGAUAAUGAAAAGGAUCCAGAAGUAAAUAUUCGACAAUUGGAAAGUUCGGUGAGUUCCUUGAGUGGUUUGCCAAGUGGCAGCAGUGCUAUUAAUUCACCCGAAAUCGUUCGAAAUAGAGUUGUUAAAUUAGAUGAAAAUUGGCAUGUGGAACGAUAUGAAACCGAUUUUUAAGUUAGAAAGUAAUAUCCGCAUCCGAGCCAUUUUUUUUUUUUCAUUUCGACUUACCUCGUAAUAUUUUUUCUGCAAAACCUGUAAAAACAAAUGACUUAAAUUCUAAUGCAAAUUCAAAGACACAUUGCUGUAGUUAAUAUUUUUUUACAUAAUUUAUUUUUGUAGUGGUUUUUUUUUUCUAAUAAUAAAUUAUAGGAUACGAUUUUUUUCCAUUGAUUAUUUUUUAAG